UUGUUUGUGUUUGUGUGGUGGUAGUGACUGCAAAAUCGAUUAUUGUCUUCUAUCCUCUACAAUUGUAUUACAAUACAACGGUGACGCCAUUUUUAUACAUAAAUCAUAAUUAAUUCCGACAUUUUUGUACUGCUACAAAGCCCCUACUCCCAUACAAGCGCAAAGGGUAGAUAGACAGGAGAACAGUUAAUAUAAUUUCCUCCAGAUUGCCUGUCCUGUCGGUUUGUUCUUUAGUCGUUUUGCCUUGCCUUCUUCCGUGUGCGUGCGAGUACUUUAAAGUCGUCGUGAUUUUCAUCAUCAUCGUGUGGCCAUAAUACUGCUGCUAUUGUCCAUCUUAAAUGAGUUUAAUAAAUUUCCUUAAUCCGAAAUUAAAACCCUCCGUCGAGUGUGAAGCGGUCUGUGAGGAUGGCUACAGUGUUUCCAACCUGAUAGCUGACGACGCGGAACAGCUCCAGCGUGGUUUUAUGGCCUUCAAUGUGACCAAGCCCCCGGUAGAAAUCGUAUUUGAUUUCCCCAAGGCCAUUGAUUUGAAGGUUAUUAAACUUUGGAACAGUCAUGGGGCUUUGCGGUCAACAGCAUUUGAAGUUCAUGGCAAAUAUGAGGGCAUAUGGGAACGGGUGGCCUAUGUUCGAGAUUUGGCCAAAGAUGUCGAUUCGCUUACAUUCUGCUAUCAGAGUGAUUACAACUCGAAAAGUUCAGAGCAGCAGCAGCCAAGCGAAACCGUUUUCUUUUUUAAGACUGCUCAUAAAAUGCUAUCGAAUACCAAAAGUAUUAAACUCACAAUAAGGGCAACCCAUAAGUGUCCCCCGGUACUAAGGAAGGUGCAGAUUUGGGGUUUGCCAGCCCGUUCAUUAGACAAGGCAGAUCGCGAAUUGAUUAAGAGCAUUUGGAACGAGAUUACCAAUCCCUAUGACCAUGCAGCACGUCAAGAGGAUGCUGGCCAGAGGUCACCAUCAAGAUCUGUUCCGGAAUUGAAUCAAAGUUCAACUCUAAAAAUACCCGAGGAGUUUCUCGAUGCUAUCACCUGGGAAUUGAUGAUCUUUCCAACUGUUCUACCAUCGGGCAAGGUUGUAGAUCAAUCAACUAUCGAUAAACACUCCGAAGAAGAAGCCAAAUGGGGUCGUUUGCCAUCAGAUCCAUUUACGGGUCUCGAAUUUACAAUUCAUCGCAAAGCCAUUCUAAAUUUGGCUUUAAAAGCACGCAUAGAAAAGUUCCUAAUGGAGAACUCGGAACACUUUAAGACAGUUCCACGUUCAUUGGGAAGUUCCCGUGUACGACGCAGUAAAAAUCGACAUGCCUCGCAAUUUGCUAGUCUUACUCAAACACAUACACAUGGAGCAUAUUCGUCACUUUCGAAAUCAUAUCGGACCAGUGCAACAGCGACUCUAUCAUCAUGCCCCGAUGCCAAUUUAAUAGAUGACUCGGCCAUGGCAGCCGGUUAUCAUUUGCCAGCUAAACGGGCACGGCUAAUGGAAACCUCAACAUCAAAUAGCUAUGCACCCUUGUCGCACAAGGGAAAAUUAACUAAGAAAUACACUACCUCGACAACUUCCACCUCAUUAUCAUCGUUAUCGACAUCAUCUACGUCACUACGACUGGCCUCGACAGCAACACAGACCACCUCAACAUUUACAGCAGCCACAUCUUCAUUCACAACAAGUUCCACCUUAACACUGGAUGUCAAUAGUGCUUCGGCCACGGGUUCAGAAGUUCCCGACCCGUCAUCGUCUAACUCUAGCAACAGUAUCGAUCAGGCCAUACAACAGGCCCUACAGAAAAUCACACGAUUUUCACAAUUACCCCUAGAACAACCACCCAAACCGGUGGGUUGUAUAAAAUGUCAAUCGCCUGAAUUUGCCUAUGAAAUACAAACGUGCCGUCAUUUGGUGUGUCGUGAGUGUUUGGUUGAACUCUCGCAACAGGAAAAAUGCAUUUGUAAUAAAACUUUUCGCUCUUCAGAUGUUGAGCGUUAUCAUAAAUUGUGAAUUGAAUUGUAAGCAAGAUAAAGAGUAGCAACAAGCAACGGAGGAAAUGUAAGAGUAGAUUGAGAAAUCGUAGUAGUGAAACGAAACUUUCACUUUAUGCAAUUCUUUAUUGCAUUGUGGCUCUUUCGUUUCGUUUAGUCGUGAAUUUUAUAUUUAUCUAGUUUUUUUGAAAUAAAGGCAGGAUUUUAUUUUUUCAUUUGUUUUUUUUUUUUUUUUUUAGUUUUAUUCUACCGUUUAAGUUUACACAAUAAUAGUUCAUAAAUAUUAUAUAAUUUUUAGUUUAAAACAAAUAUAUAUAAACACAAUUUCACUUUAAUAAUUCAUACAUGUAUACAACAAAAGGAAUAUUUAUAGUGUGCUGUAUAUUGGAUUAAUCUCAUAUAUCAUAUAUUUUAUUACAUACUGUUGUGAGAGCAAAUUGAAAAAAAAUAGUACUUGUUAUUAUUUAAUAACUGUCCUAAAUAAUUUGAAAUAUAUUUUACUUUCCAAUAAGCUAUAAUGUAUUCAAUAUUAAAAUCUAAUAUUUGUCAUUAAAUCAGUCACCCAGUUUUCUGCCUGUCCAUGUUUUUGUAACCUUUACCAUAUGAGGGGAGGCAUGUUCAUUUUGUCUUCUCGAAUAUAAAAAUCGAAUCGAAAAAGUCAUCACAGGCAUCUUAAAGUAGACACAUUCUUGAUCAACAAUUAGAUUUGAUCAAUUUUGAUCAAUUUAACUAAGUCUAUCUGUCUUUUGAAAUCAAGAGAAAUGUCACCAUUUUUGUGAAGAACUUUGAAAACUGAUACAAAAGUUCGUGCUAUAUCGAGAAUGAUUGAUUGUGAAAAUGACCCAUAUCAAUUCACAAUACCUUCCGAUUUUGAAGACUUCCGAACCAGCUGUUAUUUAAUGUGUGGAAUUUCCACUCCAAAAACCAUUUUCCAAUAUUACUGCAUCUCUUGUUUUGAAGAGAUUGAAAAUCUUAUCCAAUAAUUUGUUAUUAAGCAAUUCGGGAUCUCAAAGUAAGAACAUCUUUCAGGAGAAAAUUUUCAUAUUUGGUACAACCACUUUUUUAAUAUAGCUCCGAGUUUUUGAAGUCUUAAAGCUUUCAGCCAAAUUACGGCAAUUUGGCAUAAUUGGUUCUCAGUGGAUAAAAUGUAGCGAUAGAUCGAUUUAAUUUGUUUCAGAUGUCCCAUCAAUAGUGUUCAAUAAAAAUGUAGGUAUCCCCCAUUUGUAUUUUCCAACAGAAUGAACUGUACCUCAUAUACAUAUCGAAUAUUACUACAGAUUUCUAACUCAUUUGGAUAUAAAUUAAAAAAUAAGAUACAAAAAUUGUUAAAACUCCUAAAUAUCCUGUACUCCGAUUUAAUGUGAAUGAGACUAGCAUAUCCAGAUGGAACUCUGCUGAUUUCCGUCUGUAGCAGAGGGUGCCUGCUUUAGUUCAAAUUGUCUCAGAUAUUCAAAUAUCCCACCAUCCGAGAAUAUGACCCAAAAAAAAUUCAAGUCGACCUCGAUUCAAUCGUAAUGAUAGUUGUCCAAGAAGUAGUUAUGUAAAUGAAUUCGAUAGCCAUGAGUUUUACACGAGCCCACUGCAAUCGAGUGAGUGUAAAGUUUUCUCUGUAGAAGCGAAUCUAAAAGAAAUACAUAUGAACUUGAUCAAUUUUAUUUUACUGACAUAUUAUUAUAAAAAUUUAGGCUAUUUUCGUUUGAAGCUGUUGAAUUGUAUGUGGGUGUAGCCUCACCUGAGGAUUGGAAAUUAUAAAUACUCCUAAAAUCCUACAUACAUUUGAUAUUCUUAUUAGAGUCAUUUCUAACGUAUCAAAAUUGGUAUGGUCAAAGUCGUCCCCUUCCUUACCAUAAUAAUAUCCCAGCAAACCAGGUGUAAGUCUUCCAAAUUAUAGUGGAGAUAUCAGAAAAUUGAAAGACCGUAGCACUGGAUCCAAAUAAACAGUACAUUGUAAAUAUUCAACAAUAAAUAAUUUGUAAAAUUCCAUGCGAAAUUACAAUACAUGUAUGUCUUCAUAUGAAAAGCCACCGCAUUACAUUUUUCACAAAUAGAAAAAGCUUUAUUAAAUUUAAUUUUAUUUCCAUUAUAAAUCAUACGAAAAUAUUAAAAAUUAAUACAAAUUUAUUUCAAUUAAA